GGGGUCCACAGAGGAAGCGGAUCGCUGCCCCUGUCUCAAUGGGUUUGCCCGUUUUAUGACAUGUGGAGCAGGCGUGUAUAUCAGCUGGGAGCCUGGAGCUGCUGUCUCACUCGGGUCCAGCGUGCGGUAGGAAUGGCAGGCUGGGGGGGCUUCUUCGUGUCCCUCCUCAACUAUAAGACAGAGAAAUACGUGAUCGCCGAAAACAGGAGAAUCGGGAUCUUAUUUAGACUCUAUCAACUGGCCGUGCUGGGAUACAUAAUCGGGUGGGUGUUUGUGGUGAGGAAGGGUUACCAGGAGAGAGAGGAGGCCAUCCAGACCUCCGUCAUCACCAAGCUGAAAGGUGUGACACUGACCAACAGCUCAGAGGCAGGGCUUCACCUGUGGAGUGCUGAGGAUUAUGUCAUACCCCCGAAUGGUGAGCAGGUGUUCUUUGUAGUAACAAAUUACAUUGAGACCCCCAAUCAGAGGCUGGGGUUCUGCGCUGAGAAUUUCAAGGUGCCAAAUGGACGAUGUCAAAGUGAUGAAGACUGCGUGGAGGGGGAGACUGUCAUAGCUGGGCAUGCUCCAUCCAGCCAAGAAUCUUUGCUCUCUUCGUCAGGAAUAAAGACCGGCUUGUGUGUGAACAGCACCGGGACCUGUGAGAUUCACGCCUGGUGUCCAGUUGAACACAGCAAGAGACCCACAGAGCCCUUACUGAGCGAGGCAGAAAACUUCACCGUCUACAUCAAGAAUUUCAUCCGGUUUCCAAAAUUUGAAUUCUCUAAGUCCAAUGUUCUUGAAACGUCAGAUGACAGCUACCUGAAAAGAUGCUCCUACGACAGAGAGAACCACCUGUACUGCCCCAUCUUCCGCCUCGGAGAUCUGGUCAGCUGGACUGGGUAUGACUUCCAGGACAUGGCUGCUAAGGGGGGGUCUGUUGGGAUUCUUAUUGAAUGGAACUGUGACCUGGAUAAGGACUUUACACAGUGUAAUCCACGUUACAGCUUUACCCGCUUGGACUUAAACUCUAACAACUCGGUGACAUCAGGAUACAACUUCAGAUAUGCCAGGUAUUACAAGGAUCAAAAUGGCGAGACCUUUCGCACUUUGUAUAAGGUGUAUGGGAUUCGCUUUGAUAUAAUGAUCAAUGGCCAGGCUGGGAAAUUCAGUAUUGUACCCACAAUAAUUGCCAUUGGUUCAGGUGUUGCCCUGCUUGGUGCAGGAGCCUUCGCAUGUGACAUGAUACUACUGUACAUGAUGAACACGAGCUCCCUCUACCGAGAGAGGAAGUUUGAAAUCAUCAACUUCAAAAAAGACCCGACCAAAGCCAAGGACGGGAGGACAGGACACCGGGAAAGGAGAUCCAGGAAACCAGCUGCAGAGAAACAGGCCGCCAACUCCAAUAAAAAACCAGAGGAAACAGAACCAACUGCAGAGAGCCAGGUGCCUGUGGACAAACAGGGUCCCACCAUUCCACGCAACACAGGACAGCGCUACUCUGCCCUUCUCUCUCCCCAAGGUGCAGAGCCAAGGCCUCAUAUCACCUUCGCUUCACAAAAUUAAGUUUGCAGGAAGAGCCAGACAAAUCACCUGCAGUGGUCUGCCAGAGGUGGAACCAAAAGUUGGACUGAUGUCCACUUCUCACCUACUGGUGGGAUUGGACAGCUGGCAUGCCACUAGCUUGAGUGAUGCUUGACCUGACUAAAGAUAUGUUGGUCCAGAGAAAAGGGAGUGUGCAAGUGGGCCAGGAAGCUGAUGUAGAAAUACACAGAAAGGUGGUUUUCAGUGGCUGGGUCGGGGUCCAAAGCUGGGAUGUGGGAGAUUACAACAGGUCCGUAAAUAAUGAAAUGCAAAAGUACUGUGGUAUGCUGAUGCAAAUAGCAGAGACGUUAAAAUCAUUCAUCUAAGACUUAAAGUGAAUUGCCAAAUAUUUGCAGAUUACUGCAAGUGAUUCAUUGUGUUUUUUUUUUCAUGUCACAAAAUCAAUACUUAAUAGCUUUCUUGGCUGUUGAUCAGACUAAUUAAGCAUCAUUUUCCAGGUUGAAUAAUAUAUAAUGGGCCUUAGUUUUUUUUUUGCCAUUUAUGGACUAAGGUAUAAAAAUUCCAGCUAAAAUACAAAACAUCAUAGAUUCAUGGACGAAAAUAUCUCUGAUCUCAAAUGUAGGAUUGGAUUAAGUAAAAUAGACUGGAAUUAUAAGAUAAAAUUAUUUUGGCUAAUAAAAAUAACUUCUAAAUGAUUUUGUAUGCAUGGAUUCAAAGAAUUAAAAAAAAAUCUGCACUUUAAAACAAAGUGUAAGAAAAUGAAAGGUGUGAACGGUCUUAAUGGUUGGUAUUGUUGUGACAGGAACUCAGAUGUACUGUUAAACACUGAUGUGUUCCCUCCUGUAUGUCGACGCUGAUGUCACCAUUCAAUGGCUACAACACACUCUUAUUCACAAUAUAAUUGACUUGUGAAGCUAUGGAAUGCAGUGGUGAUGUGCUACGAGACUACAGCUGAUUGUUAAUGAAUGGUGUAAGACACUCAAGAGCCUCCUGGUUUCUUCUUGCAGUUACUUUUUAACGAAUGGUCUAUUUCAACGUAUUUGUCAUUUUUAUUUCAUGUCAACAAAGGAAACUUCCUAAAAGACAAACUGAUUAAUAAUACAUACAAGUUGUAAGAGGUAAUUAUUUAUUUCAAUUAUUAAUCAGACUUGUUAUAACUUAACCAUGGUAUUGUACAUGAAAUGUAAUUACCUUGUAAUCUGGUUUCAUCUGUUACACUACAACCGACAUUAACAGAAGUGUGGUCAUCCUGGUAUGGAUGAUAGCGAGCACUGAGUGGGACUUACAGGUUAAAAAAGUUCAUGGUCACUGCCAAGUGUGUAGCAGGAAAGAAAAAAGAAUAUUUGAUUCUGCACACUAUAAUUAUGGAACAAUCCUCCAUUUAAUCAACAGUUCAUAAUGGAAGAAGUAUUUAACUACUGGCUUAUCUACAAACAGCAGGACAGACAUAUAAUGGGUUUAUUUAACAUUAGAUAGGAUUAAUUUAGUUAUUUAUGGAAGGUCAUUUUAGUACACAUGCACCAUUCCGUAGAGGAAAGUCCAGAACA